AAGCUCUGUGUUUACACCGCAACGUGGAUUAAUGUGACAGAACUUUUAUGGCAUGGGAUUACAGAAAAACCAGCAGCAGUAGUCACUAAUAUUAGGUUUUCCUGAAUAUACAAGAAUGGGUAAAAAGCGCAGCAGCGAAGACUCUGCGGAGUCAGACACUCCGGCGAAGAAAGAAAAAGUUCCGGAGUUCAAUGGGACGGUAUUUAAAGCCAUGCUGAAGGAACCCACCACAGCCAUGAAGGGACUGGAGAAGUUUAUAUCAACGUCUAAGAAGCUGCCAUGCUCUGACCUGUAUGAUGUGGUUGAGGGUUAUCUUAAAAUCUCAAUGGAGUGUGCAGAAAUAUUCAAAUUGCUAGAAGGAGAAACGCACAAUGAGAAUGAGCUGCAGCUGAUUUUUCAGUGCUUGGAGGUGAUCCUUCUAAGGACAGCCAGUGACCUGACUCACUUCAACGUGGUUGGCUAUACGAUUGUGAAAAAGAUUGUUUCUAGCCACAUGAAGCUUGUGCAGGGGUCGUUCCGUUCAGAAAAUCACAGGUUUGUCCGUCAGUGCCUCAGUCUGCUGUCUGCCUUGGUGUCUCAAGGUCCGGAAGCUGCAAGAGAGGUCCUCAGUCACAUUUACAUUAAUAAGACUCUGUCUGGACUUGCAACCAGAAAGGAUAAGAGGGGGAGACCUGAUGUGCGCCUGGCUUUUAUCCAGUUUGUGCUGUCCUUUUUGGUGUCUGGAGAUAACGCAACAGUUGGACAAAUAUUAGAAAUGAAAGAACUGCUACCAGAGAUUCUGCGUACAGGUCUGAAGGAGGACAGGAUGUCCACCGUCAAUCUGAUUUUGUCCACAUUGAAGACCAGAGUUGUGCUAAACAAAGCCGUUAGUAAAACGCAGAAAGUGCGCUUUUUCACACCUGCUGUACUGGCCAACAUUGCGUCUCUGUACAAAUGGAAUGGGAUUGUGGAUGCAACCACAGAUGAUGACACAAUGGUGAAAGACUCGGAGCACGCUGGAGCGUCGGUCAUCCGGGAACUUGUGCACAGUUUCCUUCUUGAUCUGUGUUGCUCCCGUAAGCAUGGAAUCAGCUUUCACGAUGCUAGCCUCGGUACAGCUGGCAGAGCUGGCAACAUUGUGUUGCUUCAGUUCCUGGUGGGGCUGAAGCAGGCGACUGAGGAUGAACUGGUGGCCGAGCUGGUGGUGAAUGUGCUGGAAGCUAGCCCUGACAUUCUGUCCAGAUACUUCAAGGAGACUCGUUAUUCAUACACUCCACGCCUCAAAAGUGCUUGGCAAGACAAUGUCAAGUUACUUAAAAAGAUCUACGAGGCCCAGCCAGAGAUUUGCACAGUCUUUCAAACUUGUGAGGUCGUCCCUCUGCCUCGCUUGCUGUCCAUGAUCAUGGUGAUAUCUGUUCCUCCCGUCUGUAACAAGGCCUUCUUCACACAGGGCCUCAAACUUGCCAACUCAGCAAUGCAGCUUACAACUCUGUCCUUGAUGAAUUUCAUCUUGAAGAGAGCCAACAAGAACAUGGAGUAUCUUUUGGAUAAAUCCGUGUGGUACAGCUCAGAUUUAUACUCUGGUGACAUGAUGGAGGAAUUGGUGCAGCAGUACAGGGAGACACUCAGCAAGACGUUGCCCGACAUGACAAGCAUAGUUUCAACGUGGCAGUCGCUCAGCAAAAAGGAAAAGACCGAUGGUGAAGAAAAGAAGACCAACACUGAAGCGAGUGCUGAACUGACGGUUAAUGAAAACGAAGUGCCUGCAGUUGAGGAGACGGCUGAGGUCAUCCUGCUGAAGGCUAUGAUCCUUCAGGUCAUGUGUCUUUACCAGAAAGUGGUGCCGCAUCUGGUUAGCCAAUGCAAAUUUGACUUCAGCAAGCUCAUCAAAGGGAUUGUGUCAGAGAAAGGAAUGAGAGAAGAAGUUCCCCCUGUCUUGCAGUAUCAGAUACUGCAGUUGGCCUUGGAUCUUCCUGCAAGCAAAUUCUCCUGGUUCCGCAUACAGGAUGUAGCCGACACAGAGUCUGGAGAGAAAUCAGUGCUUUACCUGCUUCUGAAGAUGUUUGUCAGCAGCAGCGGAAGCAGCAGACACCUGAAAACCUCCACACAGAUGCUGGUUUUAAAAGUACUGAAGGACACCGGGGUAUUUGAGCACACCUGGACUGAGCUGGAGCUUUGGCUCAACCAGCUGACCAGACUGGAACCAAACCAGCAAGAGACCGUUAUCCAGUUCUUGGAGAGGGUGUUGGUUAAACUGGUGUGCAAUUCCCACACAUACACUGACAGAGUUGCCAGCCUGGUUCAGGAGGCAGGUUAUCUGCAGGCUAACUUGAGCAGCCAGGAGGGCGACGCAGCCAGUAUCCCGGUCUCACACAUAGAUGACGUCUUGGACAUGCUGGACGUCAUCAUGGAGGGAAACGAUGGCGAGAUGGAGGAGUUUGGGCCGUCUCUGAGUGAGGACCUCAUCAUCCAAACCUUCCCCUUCAGUGCCGUGGUACCUGCUGCAUUAGAGGCCCGAAACAAACUUCCAGCAGAUAAGGGGGUGAUACAUGAAUACUUGUCUGCAGUGCUCUCAGACGUGCUCCAUUGUCAGAGAGAGCCGCUUCCCUUCUGCCUGGCUCUUCGGCAGUAUGACAAAGAGCUCGUUUCCUCAGAACUCUCUGCUGCUGCACCCCAUGCAUCCAUUAUACACUUUCAUCUGUACUACUCCAAAUGGCUGCCGCAGCAGCGCCGCGAGCAACUGUUCAAGUCUUCUGACUGCCGGUCAGUGGAACCGCCAACCCACGCGUCAUGCACCGCUGUGAUGAAAGCUGCUUACAUCCAAGGAUCAGGAACUUUGCUUAAGGAUACCUUCAGACAAAAUGUAGAAGAAGCUCUCUCUUCCAUGUCGGUGUCAGAGUUUCCAGUUGCAAUUAAGCAGACGUUACUCUACAUCAAAUCAACGGUGGAAAACUUUGGCACGUUCUCCAAAGACACUGGGGCUGCCCUUCUGAAGACUUUCAUGGGAAUACUCCAAGACAUGGUGACUAAGCUACACAGCUUUCAGGAAAGUAAAAACUCUGAGCCAGCGACGGACAAAUCCCAAGAAGAAUCAGAGCUCUUUCUGGAACUCAACCAGUCUUCCCCAGCAGAAACCAAUAAAGAUCAGAUUCUUGUUUCAGCUCUUGGCUCCAUCUUCAAACAUCCCUGUUUGGAGCAGUGGUUUCUGGCUCUGGAGCGGUCUUCAUUUCCUCCCCACUCGCUGAGUCCUGUCAGACUAAAGCACUUGUGUACUCAGCUGACCGAUAACAUCCUGACCCUGCUGAAGAUCGGCGCGCCCGUUCUUCACGAUCUGAGUCGCCUGGAUCUUCUUAGCAUCUACAUGGAGGCUGUAGAACGAGCUGCUCUCAACGAAUUGACGGCAAAUGGUUCUAAACCUGCGAAGACACACUCCAGAGCUUUCCGCGCCCUGCUGUCUCUGCACAGCUACAUGGAUUCCUGUAACCUGAGGGAGGUGGUCUCCAGGUUGCUGCUGCUUCCCCACGAGAGCCUCAUUUCCACCAGCAGCAAGGGGGCACAGUCUGAGCUCAGCGUUUACGGCCAUGCAGCGCUGCAGAUCCUCACAGAAUGUAAAUCUACUUCUUCCCAGCAUCAAGGUUCAUUUCUGACACAGGCGCACCUCCAAGGCCUGGGCGCUUUGCUGCUCUCCUGCUCCAACCCUGCUCUGGAGACCUUCCUGCUCCAGACUCUGUCCGGUGAACCAGGAAGUGCCAAGCUCAUCCACACAGAUGUGUUGUUGCACAGUCUGACGCAGCCUCUCCCAGGCUCUCUGGCCAUCAGCUCUCUGCUGCUGCAGAACUGCUCCACUCACCGGCUCUGCUUUGAGGUGUGGUGCCUAGAACCUGCAAACAUGCAGAAGCUGACAGAGGAGACGGAGGCCUUCCUUCCUCUGAUUCAUACCUACAUACAGGUGGCAAGUAGAGAGGACCCAUCCAGACCCAAAGAUGUGCAAAAAGAAGUUUUAAAAGCCUUGACGCAAGCACUGCUCCCCAAAUUGUCCCAGUGUAUUCUGGGUAACUUGACAGAGGACUCUGGAGCCCAGCUUUCAGAAACACUUGUUUUUCUCAUCAAACUGUCUGCAAACAACAAGGACAUAAGAGAUUUAAUCAACAGUCUUCCCAGGGCUCUUCAAAACGUGGACAGUUUUGAAAGGUGGCAGCUAGUGGAUGUUAUCGCUGAGAAACUUGCUGAUUUCCCAGAGGAACAAGAGACGUGGAGGAAGUCUGUCACCACUGCAGCUUUCAAAUGUCUGGUUGCCUCUUACAGUCGCUCUAAAGAUCAGGCCAGUGCCCCGUCAGAACAGGAGCAGAAGGUCCUGCAAAGACUGCAGCGACUCCUGACAGGUGACGACAUCCCCGCAUCUGAGUGGAACAGUUUUGUCAAAAAUGGACUCAAAUAUCGCUACAGAGAUCACCACUUCUUGAAUGCUUUAUGUGGUCUGUUGGAGCUGGUGUACAGUGGCAGUGAAGUGCGAAAGGACCUGAUACCUCUAACCACUCUUCACAUGAUGACCAGCAGCCAUUCUCUGUUCCUGCCCACCAUGCUGGACUCUAAUGAAGAGCCUAGCAUGUGUCAGGCUAAAGAAGCGUUAGCGUCCCUUCUUCUAUGUCUGGUGAAGAAAUGCCCAGCGGUCUGUAACGUUAACCACUUUGGUAUACUGUUGGGAGCAUACGGAGCGACACUGUGUACAUUAGAUCAGAAGCUGUUACUGCUUCUUCAAGAAUACGAAAGAAACCAAGUCAGUCUGCUGAAGUUUCAAUCCUUCUUAUGGGGCCCAGCAGCUGUGGAGCACCACAAGACCAGGAAGACCCUCGGAGCUUCUCUGUGGAAACAGGCGAGCUCAGAUGACCUGUUGGCCCUCCUGAAUCCUGACAGGAUGCUCCAAACUAUUGCACACUUCCCACAGCAGCGCAGCAUCAUUCUGCAGGAUGAUCCCGACCAGCUGUACAAAAACAAUAAAGUGAAAGAUCUUGGGAAUUUGUAUGAUCCCUGCUUUCUCAUGCCUCUAUUCAGUGCCAUGCUGCGGCCAGAGUGUGUCAUCGACUGCUUCAAGUUUGUGUCCAGCCACGCUCUCGGAGUGACUGUCAUGGCUCUGAGUAGCUAUGACGCCAAGGUGAGGGCAGCAGCGUACCAUGUGCUCAGCUGUUUCUACCAUCACCUGGAGGGAGCGCGGUUCAGAGAGAAGAGACAGGUGCUGUAUUUGAUGGACAUGGUUAAGAAUGGAAUUCAACACCAGAAUCAAAAACUUCCAUUCAUCCUGACCACCUACAUCAGCAGAGUGGCUCAGCAGAUGCUCAAACCUGAGGACCACAUGUACGUGGUGUUAAACAGGUUCCUGCUGUCCCAUCAGAGUUUGGACUUCAGAAGAGUCCCUGAAUUCUUCAAGUUAUUCUAUGGCUUUGACUUAGAGCACAAGAUGGAGCGCGAGUGGAUCCUGAGUGUGCUGGAGGGAGGGAUAAGCGAUGGACACUGCUAUGAACUGUGCAACCAGCAAGGCAUCUUUCAGAUCCUUUUAGCCUUCAGCAGCAGCCCCCUGUGUGACGAACACUUCCAGGCACUGAUCAUCAGGGUUUUGUGUCAGGCCGUGAGUGUGACUAAAGCUGCUUACAACCUCACUAAGAGCUCUGGGCUCCUAACCUGGAUAACACAGGUAGUUGAAAAAAGGAAUCUAAGCCAGCAGCUCCUCUGUGCCAUCGUUGAUCUGCUCCACGCGCUGUGGUUUACUAACCUUGGGCAGAAAGAGAAACCGCUGGAUGUAGCCGAAACCUCCUCAUCUACUGAAGAGGAGAAACCUCAGCACUUAGUGAAAUGUCUCCCUCUCCCAUUCAUCAGCGAAUUCCUGUCUGUGACGUUAACCAUCAGCAAACACCUCAGGUUGGGUGUCAAGGCCGCUCAGCUUAGCCAGUUUCUGCAGACCCUGUCCUCUGUACUGAGGCAUCGUGGGACAGCUCUCAACAUAAACAAACAGGCCGACUGGCUCACACUUCACCCACAGCCUCUCUCCUGUACGGAAACCCUCUCCCUGCUUCUGUGCUGGGCCACUUUGUCGCACAACACAGCGCUGCUUAGUCAAAUACAAGUCUUAUGUGAGAAGCAUAAAGUGAAGGAACUGAUGGGGACGGUGAAGGAUAAGGCCAGAGGUAAGGGCUCCGUUUCCCAGGCCCACAUGCGAAAAGAAAACCUGGCAGAAAACACUGAGGCCGAGAAACGAGAUGAGAGCCUUCUGACAGAAUGUAAAUCUUACCUCAGUAGUAUCUUUGUUCACUGGGAGCCUGUGUUUAACCUCUCGGAACCUCAGCCAGCUCAGCAAACAGACAAACUGGAUCUCAGUCGGCUGGCCAGCGAUACAGCGCACCUGCUUACAAAGUGGUCCCUGAGGUGGUUGGUGGAGGACGUGUAUGAUGAAAACAGAACAAAAGGAUUCCUGCGCUGGGUUGAAAAGGCCGUGAUAAAGCACGGGGAGGUCGUGGAUGUUGUUCUGCUGGAUGCUGGCCUGAAAGCAGACCUUCUCCGGCUCUACCACCAGGCCUUCGAAGCUCCGUGCCAGUCCAGCGUUUCAGCAAGAGCAGAAACCUUCCAGCCUUUUACCAACAUUAUGAUCUGCUUCCUGAAGAGACAAGGCACCCUUCCAGAUUUCCAUCAGGCUGUUGUCUCUGCAUGCAUGCCAGACGCCACACAUGACCCGUCUAGACAGGAUGCAGGACUGUUUCUGUUGUCAUUGUACAUUCAUGAACUGUGGAGCGGAGCCACGUCAGCGGAGCUGUUCCAGUCUCAUGUCAGUUUGGUGGCCAGAGCCAAGUGCAAGAAAAAGAAAGCAUCCAAAUCAUCACAGACACAAACAGCUGUCAGAGCCAUCUGUAAUGAAAUCAUCACCGCCAAGAGUUAAAUACUUCAUCUGAAAGCUGCUGUGUUCUUUAGGAUAGGCCCUGGUUUGGUUGUUUGUUUUGUUAUUGUAAACUGAGAUAUAAAGAUUUGUAAAAAGCCUUUUGUUAUAAACUGUUCAUUUUCAAAUGUUUUUACAAUGUUUUAACAAGUACCUGCGUCUGUAUGUACAGAUUAUUGGUAUUAGACCAUGAAAAGUAAAGUAAAUAAAACAAAAAAUGGAUGGAAAGUAUUAAAGCAGGAGUGAAGCACAGUAACAUA